AUGGGUAUUCCACUAUGGCGCGAGCCGUCAGAGUCAGACGAUUCCAAGUCUGCUGUGGAAAAGGACUCUUCUGCAGCCGCACGAUCAGCGAUCCGUCGCCAGGCCUCCCUUCGACGUCCCUCGCGUCACACUGCUCGCGCGCGUGGUGUCGGCGGUUUAUCCGCAUUCCAUUCCCAAAUCCUCGAUGAGAUACAGCGUGGUAUAGCUGAGCCUCAGAUGGGGGUACGAUCUCCUGUUCUGAAUCUGGGAAUUAGUGAGGAUGGGUUAGAUCUUGAUGCGAGUCGUCGCGAAGCUUUAGGCCGGAACACUGCGCGUCCACAACCCAGUCGUGACGCAGACCAUUUAGCCCGCCGUGCCAGAACCGCCCGGGAACAGGCUUUGUUGUCCGACAUCCUCAGUCGCGCUGAUCGCCGCCCGAGCCCUUCUUUCACCCCAAACUUUGCUCCUGCCGUUGCAUACCGGACCGCUACCUCCGCCCGUUUACCCUCGGAUGGUGUCCGUCUUCCCCCUCUCCCUCCUCUCCGCCGCACCAGUACUCUCAAUCACGACUCGCCAACUUACAUCCCAUCAUUUAUUCUACGAGACUAUCGUAACGACAACACACCAGGCAGAUCCAAUGAAGACCCUCCCAUAGAUGGGCUUGGUGACCGCCAGCGAAGCGUGAGCCCGGAUGGCGAGCGUGAGAAUGACGCAUGGGAGACUCUUCUUUCUACUCUUACACCAGAUGCCCAUCUCCCUUCCACUAGCACAUCAUUUUUUUCAACCACUGGCCCCACCACCGACGCCUCGCACAACAGCACCUCUCGAACCUCUACCGCAUCUUCCCAAACAUUGCCGCCUGUUCACAUGGCUCUAGACCCAUACCCGGAUCAGCUUCACCCCUGUGAUUUAAGUUCAUCGGAAGACGAAGACACCCCUGUAAACUACCAUCGAAUCGCCGGUCCAUCAGGUCUUCCAAUUGCACUACGUCGCUCGCCUGGUCUUCCUUCCACAUUGAGCAACCACCCUCCAAUCCCCACCAUCUCUUUCUCCUUUUCCGACUCUAGCGAUACAGAUCUUCAGCAGAUGCAGGCCAUUCUGGAUCGACUCGCCCGUCGUGAGGAUAUCCCCGAUGACUGGUGGGCGGGGGCUGGCCUGUCGCGCAACCUGGGCCGUGGCCUCAGCACUGGUACUAACCCCCGUGCCAACGACAACGAAGGUACCGAUUGA